UGCACUCCUCCCCUUUUCCUCUCAAGGCUCUCGUCGACCUGACGGUCGCAGACGCAAACAUGGCCCCUGUGUGGAGUGCAGUAAAUCGGGCUGUUUUCGCUGCCAAAACCGCCCCAGGUUUACUUCUCAGUCGUGCCGCUGCUAAAAAUGCCAAUCAAAUUCGUCAAAUGUCUGGUGGUGGCCACGACCGGUUUGUAGUCCAACCGACCCGCUGGCAGUGGCACAAGUUCAAGGAUCUUUUGCAUUUUUACACAUUUGUUGGAGCCAUUCCUCUCGGACUCAUUUCUCUGUAUGCUAAUCUCUUCAUUGGCCCUGCUGAACUAGCUCCCAUACCUGAGGGCUACAAGCCCCAAGAAUAUGAGUACUACCGUCAUCCAAUUACGAGAUUUUUUAAGAAAUACAUAAUGGAGGGCGAGCAAGAAGCCUAUGAAAGGCAUAUGCAUUAUAUCUGGGAGGUUUAUGACAAGUCCCAGUAUGCGAAAAUUGAAAAUGAAGUUAAAACCCUACAGGCAAAUCGUGGUGACUAUCAACACUGGUAUUACAUCCCAACUGAGACGCAGACCUACCAAGUCAUGCAACAGGAUGUGUAUGAAAUGGAACAAGAGCGUUCGUUUGGACGUUAAUAAGUUGAUUCUUUUAAUGAAUGUAGCAAAUUCAGUUUUCAAUUGUAUAAAUCUGUGUAAUUAUUAUUAAUAAAAUUUGAGUUAAUUCCUA